AAAUGCCACAGCCUCCUAACCGAGCUGUGCUGUCUCAGCCGUCCUCCGAAAGUGGGCUUUAUGGAUUUCCACAUCCUCCAGCUCUGACGCCAGUGUGCGACAAUGGCCCCCAACAGCAAAUUCCCCGAGAGACGGAAUCUCAGAAUACCUGGCCUACGCAAACUUACGUCUCAUUAAUGCCGUACAAGAGCGGACAGAAUCGACCGGAGAGUACUCAGACCGUGUUUGAGGAGGACAGCCCAUCGUGGCGUUUCUCCCGACAAUCUAGGCAGCUCCGAUCACCCAACCGAUCAGUACACGGAUUAGGAUCGCAGCCAGAGGUAAACGAGGUGUCGCCAGUGUCAUCAACUGUCUCUUCUCAAUGGCGACGUCGCGACCUACGGCCUCCUCCACUUCGAAUUCCACAGCAAUACGAGCGGCACCCGCCACUCCGGAUCCUUCUAAACCAAAUCGAUCCAGCGGGGGCCCGACCGGAAGAGUUCUCGGCUCCUUCAAGGUCGACACCCAAGAAGCCGACUUCAGGAGAAGUGACUCCGAUCCUAUUGGAUGCACUGGAUGCCAUUCCUGAAGAUGCACAGCACAGUUCCGCCAACUCGACGCUAAGCGGGCAGCCAUCCAUCGCAUCCACCCCGAACCGGGACUUUCCAAAAACCGAUCGGUACUCAACGGCCUCUGCGACAUCCAUCGACACCAACGAGUCGGACGAUCCGACGCCUCCAGAGGACGCGACCAAAAAGCUGUCUCCCGUGGAGGAGUCGCCGCUCAGUGCCGAGUCCCCAAUUCACGGACUACGGUAUCCCCGCGUCCCACGGGCAUCCAACCAAGCCGUGGCGCGAUCACCGCGGAGCCCCAAGGGCCAGACGGAGGGCGUGACGGGCUCUCCGACCAGCUGGGGACGACCAUCACCCAAGCACGAGCCCGACUUCCAGAUCGUAAAUCCAGGCACGUCAAGAACCCCGCCAAUUACACUCGAAAUCAGACAGGAAUCUUCACCACCAUAUCAUCACCGAGCCGGCACCCUGGGCUCCCCAUACCGGACUCCCCCUCGGAAUGCCGACGCCAGUAAUAAAACCCAGAAGCCGCAACAGGCAGCGUCCGGCCGCCGAUCCAGUCGAUCAGAGCCCGAACAGCAGUGGGCGGCGCCGUCGGGUCGCUCCCCAGCGGGCCCGGCACGCCCAUCGCCACGAACACCGCCCGGAAUGGCGGGAUUCCCAACGACUCCGAUGCCUAAAUUGACGCCGACGCGACGUGGGGACGAGCUCUACUUGAGCGUGACUUAGAGGUGGGGUACCGCUGCGAUAGCCUUGUAUAAGUACGUAGAACGCAUUCAUCCUUUUGCGCCUGGGCAUUUUCUUUUGUUUCGCUGCCUUUCUCCGGCGGUCAUUUUCUGGGGACAGGGAUUGUAUCACUAGCGACGCGACGGGCUUGGUCAACAUUCGUUUUUAGGCGCGGAAGAUACCCUAGGUCCCUAGCCUAGAGAGGAUUGGAUUGAUUGCCGCAUUAUUUGGAGCAUCGGGACGAAAUGGAAGAAUAGACAAGACAAACAACAUGAAGCUCUUUUGGCAUUCAGCCAGUUCCCAUGACCCCAAUGAUCCGACUGAUUUUCGAUGCCGAAUUGACAAUUGGCGGUGGAUUGACUGAUUCAGAAGCUCCUAAGCAACUGCAGGUGCUUAGUGAUGUGAUGUAAUAUUCCGACUGGAUCAAGAUGAUCGGGGUCCAUGAUCAGGACCAAUAUGGGAUGAUUAUCUCACCCCACGUCA